AUGAUUUUCCGAAUUGGGAAUUUAACAAAUAAUUAUCGAAUCGUCACUCCUACUACUAUUCUUCAUGAUCAUCGUCUUCGAAGUUUUCCAAUGAAUUCGUAUCUUCUGGUUUACGCAAUUCUGCACAUUAUAAUUAUCUACUAUGUUGUGAAAUGCGCUUAUGUUUGUCUGAAAAUUCGAGUUUUCCAUUGGAAUUUGACCUGUUUGAUUUUUAGUUGUUCUGUUCAAUGGUUUGAAACUAUGCUCGGUAGUUUGAUGAUUCUACCUUAUGAAACUGGGUAUUGGACACUUGGAGAUUCCAACACAACAGUUCAACAAGGAUGGACCGAUGAUGAAUCUGGAAUGGUUCGUGUUUCCAGUAUUUAUAAUGUAUUUUUUCUCGGAGCUUUUCUGAAAUUUCACUACAUUUUAUCAAUGGGAAUGACUGGAUUCACACUAGCAGUCGAACGAACUUUCGCAUGUUAUUUUCUGACGGAUUAUGAAAAAAAACCGAGAAUUUAUCUAGUUGUGAUUUUGAUAGCUAGUCAUCAACUUAUCAGUUUAAUCAGUACAAUUUUGCAUUUCUUUCUCGUUCUCCCAAAUCUUGUUUAUAUGAUCAUUUUGGCACUUAUUCCAAAUGUUUUAUCAUCUGUGAUAUUUGCUGUAACUGAAAACUACAACCAAAAAGUGACAAAAAACAUAGAAAACUUUUCAAAUCCCAAUACUUAUACUCUAGCGGCGAGGUAUCAAGCAAAAGAAAAUGUCAGAUGUUUUGCGAUGAUUAGAAAAGUGAUUUUUGCUGGAAUCGGUAUGAUUUUGGUGUCCUGUACAAGUGCGAUUUUUAUAUAUUUUGGAAUUCUUCCCGAUUAUGCAACUUCCAUUAACUUCCUAUUUGAGGCAUCCUUAAGUUUAGGUCCAUUGCUCAUUGGUCCUACGUUAAUCUAUUCCGUCACAUCUUGGAAAAACUUCAAGUUUUUUAAGCUUACGUUGAAAAUUUCUCCAGACCACAAGACUACGGUAACUAUGGUAUUACCAGGAAGAGAUGUCGAGUGUCAAAAGGAAACUGAUCAAUAUUUUAAACAGUUGAAUGCUUCUUGGAUUUAG